AUGGGCAGGGCAACUACCAAGUCCGUCGCGCGUGUCUACGCGGACGUCAACAGCAAGCUCGGCCCCUCUUGGUACGAGUAUGACAACUUGCAGGUACAAUGGGGAUCGCAGGAUCACUAUGAGAUCGUGAGGAAAGUUGGCCGGGGCAAGUACUCUGAGGUUUUCGAGGGUAUCAACAUCGUCAACGAAGAGAAGUGCAUCAUCAAAGUCUUGAAACCCGUUAAGAAGAAGAAAAUCAAGCGAGAGAUCAAGAUCCUCCAAAACCUUGCAGGAGGUCCAAACGUUGUUGCUCUCCUUGACGUCGUCCGCGACCCCUCGUCCAAAAUCCCUUCGCUCAUCACAGAAUAUGUGCAUAAUGUCGACUUCAAAGUACUAUACCCCCGUUUCACCGACUACGACGUGCGAUUUUACAUGUUUGAACUGCUGAAGGCGUUGGACUAUUGCCACUCCAAGGGUAUCAUGCACCGCGAUGUCAAGCCACAUAAUGUCAUGAUAGACCACGAGCGACGGAAGCUCCGUUUGAUCGACUGGGGAUUGGCCGAGUUUUACCAUCCAAGGACGGCGUACAAUGUUCGAGUAGCGUCGCGUUACUUCAAGGGGCCGGAGCUUCUCGUCGACUUUCAAGAGUAUGACUAUAGCCUCGACAUGUGGAGCUUCGGCUGCAUGUUCGCCUCAAUGAUUUUCAGGAAGGAACCGUUCUUUCACGGCCAUGACAACUACGACCAACUCGUCAAGAUCACCAAGGUGCUGGGUACCGAGGGCUUGUAUCAAUACAUAGAUAAGUACGACAUAGCGCUCGAUCCGCAGUACGACGAACUGCUUGGAAAUUACCCGAAGAAAGCUUGGGCACGCUUCACGACGUCGGAGAAUCAGAGAUACAUUUCCAACGAGGCCAUCGACCUGCUGGACCGGCUACUGCGUUACGAUCAUCAGGAACGUCUGACUGCGCGUGAAGCACAGGCACACCAAUAUUUCGAUCCCGUAAGGAAUGCCACGCUGCAUGAAGCCGAAAACGGAGGGGCGGCACCGUGA